AUGCCUUUCACCAAGCUUGUCAAGAACAGCGCCUACUUCAGCCGCUACCAGGUGAAGUACAAGCGUCGCCGAGCGGGUAAGACCGACUACUUCGCCCGCAAGCGCCUCAUCACCCAGGCCAAGAACAAGUACAAUGCGCCCAAGUACCGCCUGGUCAUCCGCUUCACCAACAAGGACAUCAUCGCUCAGAUCGUCUACUCCGAGUUGACCGGCGACAAGGUCUUCGUGGCCGCCUACGCACACGAGCUCAAGCGCUACGGCAUCACCCACGGUCUUACCAACUGGGCCGCCGCCUACUGCGUCGGUCUCCUCGUCGCCCGCCGUGCUCUCGCCAAGCUCGACCUUGCCGACACCUUCACCGGUGUUGAGGAGCCAGAUGGCGAGUACCAGCUCACCGAGGACGCUGAGGUCGACGGCGAGACCCGCCGCCCAUUCAAGUGCUUCCUCGAUGUCGGUCUCGUCCGCACCAGCACUGGUGCUCGUGUCUUCGGCGCCCUGAAGGGUGCCUCUGACGGCGGUCUCUACAUCCCCCACUCCGAGAAGCGAUUCCCCGGCUACGACAUCGAGACGAAGGAGUUGGAUGCUGAGACCCUCCGCAAGUACAUCUUCGGUGGUCACGUCGCUGAGUACAUGGAGACUCUUGCCGACGACGAUGAGGAGCGCUACAACUCGCAGUUCAAGGGAUACAUCGACGACGAGAUUGAGGCUGACGGUCUUGAGGAGCUCUACUCCGAGGCCCACAGCCAGAUCCGUGAGGACCCAUGGAAGAAGGAUGAGGAUGAGGGCGAGAAGAAGACCAAGGAGGAGUGGAAGGCCGAGUCGCAGAAGUACCGCCAGAAGAAGCUCACCAAGGACGAGAAGAGACAGCGUGUGCAAGACCGCAUCAAGGAGCUUGCUGCCGGCAACUAA